AAUUGUCAAAUGGUAUUUUUGAGUUUUGUGGCGCGAAUACCGGUCGCUUUAGCUUUCAUAUUUUUCUGCCUUGAUUUUUAGUAAUAUAUCGUGAAGCUAUUUUAAAAUGACCGAUUUACCUUAUCAAGUUGAAUAUGCAAAAUCAGGCAGAGCUUCCUGUAAAGGUUGUAAACAAAAAAUUGAUCAGGGCGUAUUACGCAUUGCUAGAAUGGUGCAGUCAGCAUUUCAUGAUGGAAAGCAGCCAAAUUGGUAUCAUGAGGACUGUUUCUUCACAAAGCAACGUCCAACUAGUGUUGAUGAAAUUUCUAAUUUCAACAAAUUGAAGAGUGUUGAUCAGAAGAAACUUCAGUCUAGGAUUGGGGAUAGCAACAGUGGUGUAGUGUUGCCAGUCGAAGAAACUAAGGGAAAGAAAAGAAAGGCAGGCAAAUCAUCAGAAGUGACCUCUGGUGCAGUUAAAGAUUUUGCUGUAGAAUACUCUAAAAGCAGUAGGGCAACAUGCAGACAUUGUGAAAUAAAGAUAUGCAAGGGAGAAGUACGUAUUUCCAAAACUGUAUUUGACACAGAAGUAGGUGCUAAAUAUGGAGGACAACCAUUAUGGCAUCACGUGAAAUGUUUCGCCGAGGCACGAAGCGAGCUAUUGUAUUUUGCUGGAGGAGAAAACCUUCCAGGGUUUAAGACGCUAAAAAAGGAAGAUCAGGAAUUGGUUACUAACGAAAUAAAACCUUUUCAGUCUAACGAACUACCAGUAAAAAAGCUAAAAGAUGAACCAAAAGACCCAGCCGAGAUUAAAGAGGCCGAAAAGAAAGAAAAAUUAAUUGAUAAACAGAAUAAGUUAUAUCAGAAGUACAAAAAUGCUCUGGCUGACCUACCGAAGAAUGAUUUACAAGUGAUACUUGAAGAGAACUCUCAAGCCGCGCAGAAAUUGAGUAAAUCAGAGUGUGAAGAUUGUUUAGCAGACUGUAUGGCGUUCGGUGCUCUUGAACCAUGCUCAGAAUGUAAAAAUGGUCAACUUAUCUUGGAUACAUUCGGUUAUAAGUGUACAGGCCAUAUAAGUGACUGGACGAAAUGUUCGUAUACGACGCAAGAUCCUAAAAGGAAACUUUUGAAAAUUCCUAGUUCAUAUAAAAAUAACCCAGCCUUUAGCAAAUAUAAGUCUAAAGUAGACAUUCGCGCAUUUAGGACUGCAGCACCGCCUGCCACUCUCGUAAAUUUAAAUCCGAAAUCUGAGACCAGCGUCAAAAAAGAAAUACGAAUUCCGCCACUUAAGAAUCUCCAAUUCUUUAUAUAUGGAAUAUCAAACAAGAAAUCGAAAGAAACAUUAAAAAAUCGUAUACUAAAACUUGGUGGUCUCGUCGUGAAUAAACAAACCGAGACAUUGGCUGCUGUAAUCUCCACGGCAAAGGAAAUCGAGAAAUUGAAUGCGAAAAUGGAAGAUAUAAAAGCUGAAUGCAUAGAGGUUAUUGACGAAUCAUUUUUCGAUCUAAUCGAUCCUGAGAAAGGUACAGUUACAGAAUCAUUGCGUCUCAUCAAAGAAAAUAACAUUGCAGAUUGGGGUUCUGAUCCCGCUACGCGUGUACCUCAAGAUAUCAUUGAUGGGAAAUCUAUACCAAAGUCAGGAAGCAUGUAUGUGAAAUCAGAAAAAUCUGGUUCUGUAAAACUAAAAAUUCAAGCUGGCAGCGCAGUGGAUCCUGAUUCAGGCUUAACAGAUUGCGCUCAUGUAUAUAAAGACGAGGAAGGCACUAAAUUUACUGUUGUCCUAUCAAAGACUGACCUAGUUUCCCAGAAGAAUUCGUACUACAAGUUACAGCUGUUGCAAAGUGAUAAUAAUAAGAAAUACUGGUUAUUCCGCUCAUGGGGUCGUAUUGGCACAACAAUCGGUGGAAAUAAAUUAGAACAUUUUGAGUAUUUGUAUGAGGCCCUGGAUGAGUUCUGUAAGUACUACACAGAAAAAACACAAAAUAAUUGGGGACCUGGAGAACAGUUCACGAAGGUACCCGGAUUUUAUUACCCUCUAGAUGUGGAUUACGGAAAUAGUGAGGUAGACAGCAAAACAUCUCUGAUUAUAGAUGAGAAUUCCUCACUGCCCAUUUCUGUUCAAAAAUUUAUCCAGAGAAUAUUUGACAUUGAUGCUAUGAAGAAAACUUUGUUAGAGUUUGAGUUGGACACUGAAAAAAUGCCGCUGGGAAAAUUGUCUCAAAAACAAAUAAAAAUAGCAUAUGGUGUAUUAUCAGAACUACUAAAGUACAUUGAAAAGGGGAGUACUAGCCAGAACAAAAUAAUAGAUGCUACAAACAGAUUCUUCACACUUAUACCCCACGACUUCGGAGUCAAUAACCCACCGUUACUGGACAACACCGAAAUUAUAAAAUCCAAAUGUGAAAUGUUGGAUAAUAUGUUAGAGAUUGAAAUAGCAUAUAGUAUGCUUAGUGCAGAUAUGAGCUCUCACAAGGAUGUAAGCGUCCUGGAAGAUAGCUACCGUAAACUGAAGACCGAAAUAGUACCACUCGAUGUGGACUCAGAGGAAUAUCAGAUGAUAGCCGAGUACACGAAGAACACCCAUGGGGCCACUCACUCUUCAUAUAAACUGAACAUACAGCAGGCAUUUAAAGUGGUCCGUGAUGGCGAGGAAAAAAGAUACAAACCAUUUAAGAAGUUACACAAUCGACGCCUGCUGUGGCACGGCUCACGGGUUACCAAUUUUGCAGGCAUAUUAUCCCAAGGUCUUCGUAUAGCUCCGCCCGAAGCGCCGGUCACCGGCUACAUGUUCGGCAAGGGUAUUUACUUCGCCGACAUGGUGACCAAGUCAGCCAAUUAUUGCUUUGCUCACCGGAAAGACCCUGUCGGUGUUAUGCUGCUGUGUGAAGUGGCUCUUGGGAACAUGAAAGAGUGCGAGCGUUCCGAAUACGUCACUAAGCUGCCGGCCGAUCGGCACUCUGUAUGGGGGAUUGGGAUCACUCAGCCUGAUCCAGCGCAGGCCCGUACACUGCCCGACGGCACCAUCGUGCCACUGGGCCCACCAGUCGACCUUAAAAAUCGCAAUGUCUCGCUACUCUACAACGAAUUCAUCGUGUACGACGUCGCUCAGGUUAACGUGAAGUACGUAAUGGAAAUGAAAUUCGACUUUAAAUAUUAAUCAAAUGAAGAAUGAUUACUUCGCUAUUGGUAGUUAUUAUAUUAAGUUUGUUUUGUGUGCUUGUUUUAUUUGCAUAUAAUGAUUAUUAAUGAGAUCAAAUUCACGCAAUUGCUCUCAUUGGAAAAGACAUGUGUUAUUCAUUUCAUUCAAUUUUCAUGUCAUUGAAAUAUGUUUCUUGUAUAAUUUUUAUUUGUAUUUUCAUGAGCACACAUUCACAUUUUUAAAAGUGUACUAAAUCAUAUGUAUGCUAUUGCAUUUAUAUUAGGAUACUUAAAUUACCUGAUUGUAUGACAAUCACAUCUUUGCAUUUUAUUUCUCAAUAAUGAUGCUAUGUUUGAAUUCUUAAAAUGAAUAUUAAUCUAAAAUCUUAAUUUUUAAAAACUAUGAAUCCCCGUAUAUAUUAUUUUAGAUACAAAUACCAACCUAUACUAAUAAUAUAAAGAGAUACUUAAUUUUUUGUAUAUUUAUUUGCAAUGGAAACAAAUAUGUUAGACAAAAAAUAUUGUAAAACUGUUUACAUAUUUAUCACCUAUAUAUAUAUAUAUAUAUGUAUUAAGUAUUUUGUAUUAAAAACGGUUAACUCUGCAGGUAUACAGCUAAUAUCUAUGUAAAUUAGAAGUGAAGUUAAAUACUGGUUUUUGAAAUUACGAUUUUAUUUCUAAAAUUUAUUUUGUUAUUAUUGGAGCUGGAUAUCUAAUUGUACCUCUCUGUCAAUGUACUUGUAUUACAUAACAAUAUAUAUAAUAAUAUUUAACUGCAGACCCACUGUAAUUGUUGAUGACAACCAAUAUUCUUGAAAAAGCGAGUUGUUGAUUUAAAUAGUUGGAUAUUAUUAUUACUUUGCUAAUAAUGCUAAAGAAUGUUAUUCCUUAGUAUAUUUUUAAUCACAUAUUCAUUAAGAAAUAUUCCAUGUUCUUUUAUUAAUUAUGAAUAAAUAAUAAUUACGAAAGAUUUCUCAUUCAUAUUUAUAUCCAAAGUGAACCAAUGAGAGAAGUUACAUAAAUACCCCAUUAAUUAUUGGUUAUGUUUGUAUAUUUUGAUUUCUAGGUAUCAACAUUAGAUUCCAAGUUGCAAUGGGGUGCUCAUAUUACUAAAUUGGCGAGUUGACUUAGUUCUGCCGCUUUUG